GUGCCGCGGUGCCCGCAGGCUGCGGUACAUGGUGAAGCAGCUGGAGACGGGGGAGGUGAACGUGGAGGAGCUGAAGAGGAACCUGGAAUACGCCGCGUCGCUGCUGGAGGCCGUCUACAUCGAUGAGACCAGGCAGAUGCUGGACACGGAGGACGAGCUGCGGGAGAUGGGCUCGGACGCGGCGGUGCCCUCGGAAGUGCGGGACUGGCUGGCGGCCACCUUCACCCAACAGGCACGAGCCAAGGGCCGGCGGGCGGAGGAGAAGCCCAAGUUCCGCAGCAUCGUUCACGCCGUCCAGGCCGGCAUCUUCGUGGAGAGGAUGUUCCGCCGGACGUACACGGCCGUGGCACCCAGCUACUCCUCCUCCGUCCUCAACUGCCUGAAGAACCUGGACCUGUGGUGCUUCGACGUCUUCGCGCUGAACCGGGUGACGGAGGAGCACGCCCUGAGGACCAUCGUCUUCGAGCUCUUCACCCGACACAACCUCAACAGCCGCUUCAAGGUACGCACCUUGGGGACACCCAGGGCACCCGGUGUCACCGUUAUGGCUGGCAUACAGACGUGCUGGUCGGAAUGUGCCAUCCUCUACAACGACCGCUCGGUGCUGGAGAACCACCACAUCAGCGCCGUCUUCCGCAUGAUGCAGGACGAUGAGAUGAACAUCUUUGUCAACCUCACCAAGGACGAGUUUGCGGAGCUGCGGGCGCUGGUGAUCGAGAUGGUCCUGGCCACCGACAUGUCCUGCCACUUCCAGCAGGUCAAGUCCAUGAAGACGUCCCUGCAGCAGCUGGAGAGGAUCGAUAAGUCCAAGGUGCUGUCGCUGCUGCUGCACGCGGCCGACAUCAGCCACCCCACCAAGCAGUGGUCGGUCCACAGCCGCUGGACCAAAGCCCUGAUGGAGGAGUUCUUCAGGCAGGGGGACAAGGAAGCCGAGCUGGGGCUGCCCUUCUCCCCCCUCUGCGACCGCACCUCCACGCUGGUGGCCCAGUCCCAGAUUGGCUUCAUCGACUUCAUCGUGGAGCCCACCUUCUCGGUGCUGACCGACGUGGCCGAGAAGCUGGUGCUGCCCCUCGCCGAGGACCGCACCAAAGCCAAGGGCAACCCGGCGGCCAACCAGCAGCCCAGCUCGCAGUGGCGGCAAACGUCCCUGGAUGAGCACCUGGAGUUGGGGGACAUCAAAGCCGACCUGGCCGGCUUCCGCUCCACCUGGGCCAAGUACAUCCAGGAGAACAAGCAGAAGUGGAAGGAGAGGGCAGCCAGCGGCAUCACCAACCAGGCGUCCAUCGAUGAGCUGUCCCCCUGUGAGGACCAACCGCCCCCGGCCCCCGCCCGGCACAAGCAGAACGGGGACGUGGAUUAGCACCGGGAGGAGCGAGGUCCUCGUCCGGCCGAGUGACGCCGUCUCGCCCAAAGUCUUCGACGCCAUCGAGUUCAGCACCAUUUGCAGGGAAGGAGCCGCCCGGGGCCGCACAAGGAUUCGUGCCAACCUCCUCGCCGGGAGCUCCCCCCCCCUCCACGGGGCAGCCGGCAGCCCCCCCGGCAGCCCCCCAGCUCCGGCUGCCUGUGCCAAACUGGCCACCGAGCCGCGUGGCCUCGGGCCACGGGUGACUGUGACGCCCACCCUCUCACUGCCACGCCAGCGGCUGCCCGGCCCCCCCCCCCCAGCCGGGUUGUGUCCUUAUGGCUUUUUAAAAAAGCUUCUUCUCGCCCCACCGUGGACCUGGGGGCUCAGGGACGGGGGGUGGGGGGGCUGGGGAUGGUGACAGUGGCGCUGGGGACAGCGGGGGACCAAGGGGUGGAGGAGCCGUGGUGGAUGCAGUCACCCCGAGG